AGAAUUAAAACUGAUAUUUGUUAAGUUUUAUGACAUAAUAAUUAAUAAUGGAUAAGAAAAAUCAUAAAGCAGAGCCUGGAGAUGGCUUACGCUCCUUGAAGAGUACAAUGUUAUUUCGUGCAAUUAAUUACGAAUUAUAUGUUAAGCCGAAUAAAGUGGUAAUGAUUUUUGGAGCUAUUGCAAUGUUUAGUUGUAUAGGAUAUAUGGCUUAUAUGCGACAUAAUUCUGAUAAUACAAAUCAUUAUCCUGCAGUUACAUCUGAUGGGUCAAUUAAUUUAAAAAAAAAAACAUCAAAGUGGACAAUGUAAUUUGCUACAUUUUAUAUGAAUUAAUAACAAUUAUAUGUUUAAGAAUUUACAUUAAAUAAAAUACACAAUUAUUAUUUAUA